CAUCGUUCUCUUUCUAAACAAGUCCUCCCGCUUUCGCACAUUUAUUUGCAUCGGAGUCCGAGUGGCGUCGUCGCGUCAAAAUCGUCAAACCCCGUUUCGCGUCGUAGGCGUUCGCUAGUGCGUGCACUGUGCGGUGCGUCCACCGCUUGUUGUGAUCUUUGUUAUUUGUGUUGUAAAAAUGCCAUUUAUCUCAAAGGACUGGCGAUCCCCAGGCGAAGAGUGGGUGAAAACUCAGGAGGGCUGGGAAAAAAAGAAGGUGUUAGAGUGCACCGCACAGAGAUAUCCCGCAAUAACUAACUAUAAUAACACAGACGAUAAUCAGCAAAAGUCUUGGUCACAAGAAGGCGAAGAUAGUGAGAAAACAAACGAAUCCGGUUCCAGAGUCCCUCCACACUGCCACAUCACAAUCAAAUGUACCCGAGAAAUUGCAGGUUUCAACGGCCUAUCAGAAGCGGUCCGGCGCCUGGACUUCUCGUCAGCCGUCCGCGACGUGCGAAGGUUCAACUACAUCUGCGCGUUACUUGAGCUGCUGCUGGGCGGACAGCGGCUCACGCACCUGCCUGGUGCUGCGCAAAAACUGCUGCUGAGCAUGCUGGAGCAGCUGGCUGAUCAGGUGGCCACAUCAAAGCAGAACCUGAACGCUCUCCGCGCGCUUGUGGUGGCUCUGUCCGCGCUACGCGAGGCUGAGCGCCGGGCCUGCUGGGGCCGGCCGCUGGGCUCGCGCGCGCUGUGGGGCCACCACGACACCGCCAUCGCCCGCAUCAACCACAUCGCCAACAGCAUCCGUAUACAGGAGCCUGGUCCAGAAGUAAUGCCUAAGCUUCACGAUUUGCCUGAGGAGUGCAUUAGAGAAAUUCUACUUAGGAUAUCGGAUCACAGGGAUUUGGACUCCGCGUCAUCAGCGUGGAACGUGAUGGCGUCGGUGUGCACCGAGCAGCGGAUCUGGCGCGAACUGGUCACGUUCCACUUCACGCGGCAGCAGAUUGACGGCGUGCUCGGGAAGGACAAGGACGAUAAGGACGUGGAUUGGAAGAAGACCUUCCAUCAGCUUAGGAAGUUGUACGGACUGAGAGAAGACGCCCAGUACGCGGAGACCCUGUCCCUGUGCCGGCAUUGCAAGUGCCUUUUCUGGCGGUCGCUCGGGCACCCGUGUAUAGCUGAUCAGUGCCCGGAGUACCGCGAGCGGCUGCGCGAGGCGGGCGGGCCGCUGCCCCCGCACCCCGUGCCCCCCGCCGCGUUCCUGAAGUUCUUCUCGCUGUAAACUAAACAACUACCUACCCUCGCUUCGGUCGGCGAGCCUUGCCAUUUUGGCGACGAGGAUUCGCGUUGCGGGUUGUCGCGCUUUUGCUUCGUGUAGACCAGUGGUACUUAACCGGUGGUCCGCGGACCACUGGUGGUCCCUGGAGGCAUUCCAAGUGGUCCACGAAGUGCACUCGCACACCUUGGUCAAAACCAUUUUUAACUGAUUUUUGCAGUCAAACUGGUUUACUUUUGACUGACUUCAUAGUCGGACAGACAGAAAUUUGGUAAAAUGGUCCCUCAAAACUUAAAGGUUAAGAACCACUGGUGUAGACUAAACAUUUCAUGGAUACUCGUUUGGUCUGAUACUAAGAUGAUUACAUAGUUCCAUUUCAACCUUGGAAGGAAUGACUGUGUAUUAAAUCACUAAAUUUAAAUAAACUUGGAGCAGAAAAAUCAGUAGUUCCUUCGAAGGUACGGAUAAAGGAACUACGUAGAAAAAAUAAGCGACUUGCUUUGACGUCUCUAUGGACUUAGGCUAGUUACGAUCGUUGGAAGAGCUACCGGAUUUUAUUCAAAUAUGAUGGACUUAAGAUAGGCAUCACCUAAUGCGAAUUGGGCUAUAUCGAUACCUAAAUCAUCUGAAAACUUCAUUGUCUAUCGCGAUUCGCCCCAAAAGUACAUUUAAAAACUUAGUGCUAAUAGUAGAACAUGAUUUAGAUCUCCUAAACUUAUAAAAUUAACCUACUCACCUAGGUAGUUAGUUUCACAGCUAAAAUUCUAAUUUUGUAUUAAACUAUAUUAACCUAUAGUUUUGUAGAAAAGAAUCUAGUGUGCUUCCGUACAUAUUGGUCGAAAUAUUGUUCACAUAAAAUAUUGGAUAAAAUGAAAACGUACGAAUUUGUGCAAUAAAUUAAUACCGUGAUUAGCUAAAUAGAUAAUACAUUAGCCACCUACAUUCUAGAGACCGACUAAAUCGUUGUCUUUGUCUUAGGCCCAGAACACACGGUGAAACGCAACUGCAACGAAACUGCAACUCCUAGUUACUUUUGAAUUGCAUCUAAGUUGACGCGACCAGUUCAAAUCGGUUUCAAACUGGUCGCGUCAUGUGUGGUCUCUCAACGGACGCUAUGGCAGAAACUUGAUGCAACUCAAACAAAAGUAAUUAGAAGUUGCAGUUUCGUUGCAGCAUGCGUUUCACCGUGUGUUCUGGGCCUUAAAGUUUUCUUGAAACCAGCAAUAACAAAAUCUGCCAUUGAUAUAUCCCUCCACAGGCAAAACAUGCAACAAAAUACAACAAUAAUAGAUUACAGGAGACGUUAUAUAGAAAACAUGGCCACCUAAGACUUGGUUGGCUUUAUUAUUAUAUUAAUUAAAUAUGUUCUUAUACACCUUGUGCAAUUACCUAAGUCGGGCAGCUAAACUAAAUAACGCCCGUAUUCACAAACGAUGCUUGCUUGUGAAGCAGCAAAUCGAACAGCGUUGAAUAGAGCUCUGUGAUUG